AUGUUCUCGCCGUCCUCUUUCCGCUCUGUGCUAGGGGCCACAAAGCGAGUUAAGGUAGGUUUUAUCCUCUACAAAGUGAUCGGGGCGGUUCAAUGGCUGAUUGCGGUAUUCAAGCAGGUCACCAAUCUCUUCCGUCCGCUCUCAACAUCCUCAUCCGACAUACCUCCAGAAUUCCUAUCAGCUAUACAGAAGAACAAUGCGGGAUCACAGUCCGGAACUCCCGAAAUAAAGCGAGAAGUUUUCACCGAACCUGAACCAGCCUCUGAUCCAAAAGAAUGGGACGACCGACUAGAAGUCUACAAGUCCAAAUUCCGCCUGCCCAAAGCAGUUCAGGCAGCGUACAUGAAACCCCUUAAGCGAAAACCAGAAUACGGUCUACCAGUUUGCAACCUGCAGCUCCGUUCUUACAGUGCACGCCAUGUUGAAUUCUUCGCAGACUUCGCACUCCGCGCCGCUUAUUACCUUAAUAUUCCUGCAAGCGGCCCUGUACCAUUACCACGUAUAGUUGAACGAUGGACGGUCAUACGAAGCCCCUUUGUCCACAAGAAGAGCAAGGAGAACUUUGAACGUAUAACAUGUCGACGGCUGAUACAGCUCCAGGACGGUCACCCAGAGAGUGUUCAGGCAUGGCUGGCCUUCUUGAGGAAGCACGCCUUCCAUGGCGUGGGUAUGAAGGCAAAUGUGUUUGAGCAUACCUCCUUAGAUGUUGGAAAAGAGAUGGACGAGGCCGCUGCAAGUCUCGAGAAGGCUCUUGAUGCGGAACUUGCGCAAUUUGGAGCAAAGAAGGGCGUUGAAUUCCCAGAGUCUAUUGCUAGCAUGCUGGAAAGAGAAACACAGACAAGGACCGCCGCACCGCUCACGGAGCUCUUCCAAAGCUUCAACGCUUCAAAUAUUAAAAACCGACGACAAGACUUCAGAAUGUCCACCUCAGCUCCCCAGAAAUCUCUUUUGAGAUGCUACAGACACUAUAUAUCAUCUACUCGCUCGAGGCGCACUAAUUUCAACCCCCAAUGGCUUCGGUACAGCUCCACAACGCCAGAAUCGGCACAGUCAAAGGAUACCAUCGUCUUCUCCGGUAUCCAGCCCACUGGUAUUCCGCAUCUCGGUAACUACCUGGGAGCACUACGUGCUUGGGUAGACCUACAAAACACCUCCUCGCCAGAUACGAAACUGAUUUAUUCGAUUGUCGACCUACACGCCCUCACAUUACCGAAAGAUGCGGCAGAAUUGCGACAAUGGCGGAAAGAAUCUCUUGCUGUGCUUUUAGCAAUAGGGAUUAAGCCGGAGAGAGCUACAUUAUUCUAUCAAUCUGAUGUGCCGGCGCAUUCAGAGCUGAUGUGGAUUUUAAGCGCAAACUCAUCAAUGGGAUAUUUAUCCCGGAUGACACAAUGGAAGAGUAAACUUCACCUCCCUGAAAACGCCAAAUUUGAUAUUGCUGCGCGCGAUCGUUUAAAACUAGGCCUCUUUUCAUACCCAGUUCUACAAGCAGCCGAUGUCCUCGUUCACAGGGCGAUUAGGGCAAAUUACAUACCGGUGGGAGAAGACCAGAAGCAGCAUAUUGAAUUUGCGCGUGAAGUAGCCAACGGCUUCAACCACCUCCACGGGCCUGUACUUACUGUCCCGGAGGCAAUGAUCUCUCCUGCCAAACGAGUAAUGUCACUAAAGAACCCGAAGAAGAAGAUGUCGAAAUCCGACGUCGACAAUAGGUCCAGAAUCUUGGUUACCGAUACACCGAUAGAGAUUCAUCAUAAAAUUCGACUCGCGCUCACUGACCCUGGCUCGUCCAUCACGUACGAUCCGGAGAAGAGACCGGGAGUUUCUAAUCUGCUGGAAAUGUUCAGUCAUGCUGAAGCCAUCAAAGCUGGACCAUCAGGCUCAGGACGAACCCCGUCCGAGAUUGCAUUGGAAUAUGAGUCAACUAGCUUCAAGGCAUUCAAGCAGGAUCUCGCUGCCAAGCUUAUUGAGAUGUUAAGCUCGAUUAGAGAACGGUAUGUCGAAAUCAUGGAGGAAGAUGCAAAGGUGACGUUGUCCGGGUCAUCGGAUAAGGAGAGCUACUUGGGCAUGGUGGCUCGGAAGGGAGCAGAAGAAGCGUCAGCCAACGCAGAGAUUACGAUGAAGCAAGUCCGAACCGCAAUUGGACUAUCAUGA